GCAGACUUUUGUCUCAUCCCGAUGGGCACCGGUCACGAUCCCUCGGUCGCCGAGUAUGUCGCCGAGUGUGCCAGGGUCCUCGAGAAAACAGGGCUCAAGCAUCAGGUAGCUCAGCCCUUCACCGGCUACGGCACCAACCUAGAAGGCCCUUGGUCGGCCGUCACCCAGGCCAUCCACGACUGCCACGCCGCCGUGCACGCCAAGGGCGCCCCCCGCAUCGCCACCGACAUCCGCAUCGGCACCCGCAGCGCGCCUGCGGUCCCUCCCGAGGGCGAGAACGCACGCAAGCUCCGCCGCGUGCAGGAGAUCCUCGCGAAGGACAAGGACGCGGCUGCUCCUAGCUCGACUUGA